CCUGCCCCGCCGCGGGGGAUCGUCUGCCUGCGAGCGCCAGCCGAGAUCGCAGCCCACAGCCAUGGCGGGGUCUCCCAGCCGCUCCGCGAGCCGGCGACUGCAGCUGCCCCUGCUGUGCCUCUUCCUCCAGGGCGCCACCGCCGUCCUCUUUGCUGUCUUCGUCCGCUACAACCACGAAACCGACGCUUCCCUCUGGCACCGGGGCAACCACAGUAAUGCGGACAAUGAAUUUUACUUUCGCUACCCAAGCUUCCAGGACGUGCAUGCCAUGGUCUUCGUGGGCUUUGGCUUCCUCAUGGUCUUCCUGCAGCGUUACGGCUUCAGCAGCGUGGGCUUCACCUUCCUCCUGGCCGCCUUUGCCCUGCAGUGGUCCACACUGGUCCAGGGCUUCCUCCACUCCUUUGACAGCGGCCACAUCCAUGUUGGCAUGGAGAGCAUGAUCAACGCUGACUUUUGUGCGGGGGCCGUGCUCAUAUCCUUUGGUGCUGUCCUGGGCAAGACCGGGCCUGCACAGCUGCUGCUCAUGGCCCUCCUGGAGGUGGCGCUGUUCGGCAUCAAUGAGUUUGUGCUCCUUAAUCUCCUGCGGGUGAGAGACGCGGGAGGCUCCAUGACUAUCCACACGUUUGGCGCCUACUUCGGGCUGGUCCUUUCACGGGUUCUGUACAGGCCCCAGCUGGAGAAGAGCAGGCACCGCCAGGGCUCCGUCUACCAUUCAGACCUCUUCGCCAUGAUUGGGACCAUCUUCCUGUGGAUCUUCUGGCCCAGUUUCAACUCUGCGCUCACAGCGCUGGGGGCUGGGCAGCAUCGGACAGCCCUCAACACAUACUACUCCCUGGCUGCCAGCACCCUCGGCACCUUUGCCUUGUCAGCCCUUGUCGGGGAAGAUGGGCGGCUUGACAUGGUCCACAUCCAAAAUGCAGCGCUGGCCGGAGGGGUUGUGGUAGGGACCUCGAGUGAAAUGAUGCUGACACCCUUUGGGGCUCUGGCAGCCGGCUUCUUGGCUGGGACCGUCUCCACGCUGGGGUACAAGUUCUUCACGCCCAUCCUUGAAUUGAAAUUCAAAGUCCAAGACACAUGUGGAGUCCACAACCUCCAUGGGAUGCCGGGGGUCCUGGGGGCCCUCCUGGGGGUCCUUGUGGCUGGGCUUGCCACCCAUGAAGCUUACGGAGACGGCCUGGAGAGUGUGUUUCCACUCAUAGCCGAGGGCCAGCGCAGUGCCACGUCACAGGCCGUGCACCAGCUCUUCGGGCUGUUUGUCACACUGCUGUUUGCCUCUGUGGGCGGGGCCCUUGGAGGGCUCCUGCUGAAGCUACCCUUCCUGGACUCCCCCCCAGACUCCCAGUGCUACGAGGACCAGGUUCACUGGGAGGUGCCUGGUGAGCAUGAGGAUAAAGUCCAGAGACCUCUGAGGAUGGAGGAAGCAGACACUCAGGCCUGACCCGCUGCUGGCCCCUGAGAGGACACGCUCCUUUUAGAAGAUGCUGAUUGGCUGCUCUUAGGAGUUCCUUUUGGCCGGGCGCGGUGGCUCAAGCCUGUAAUCCCAGCACUUUGGGA